UUGUGAAGGGAGGGUCUCGCGCGCAGGGGCAGCGGUUCUGGCUCGGAGACUGGACCGGUACCAGCAUGGGGAACCCCGCGGAGCUCCGAAGCAGCCGCCGCCCAGACCGGAGCGCGUUUGUCGGCGUGAAUCCGCGGGUUUAACGGACCGAAAGCAAAAACGGAACGGCCGGUUCUCCGCCUCCUCCAUUUUGGCCGUCGGUGAUGGAGCUCAUCCGGACACCCAAGGUGGAACACGUCCGUCUCCUGGACCGGUCCUCGGGUCAGAGGAAAGCCCGUGUGGGGACCCUGUACCUGUCCGCCACGCACACCAUCUUUGUGGAGAACGACCCCGAGAGCCGCAGGGAGACGUGGGUUCUGCACAGCAUGGUCCACGGCGUGGAGAAGCCUCCCGCCACGCCCUCAGGAGGUCAGCUGAUCCUGCGCUGUAAAGACUUCCGGCUCUUCCACAUCUUCAUCCCACAGGAGAAAGACUGUCUGGACGUCCACGCCUCUUUGGUCCGUCUGACGCGACCAGAGAAGUACAGCGAGCUCUUCUGUCUGUCCUUCAACCCCAGCGUGAACAAGGAGGAGCGCGAGGAGUCCUGGAAAUUCCUGGACCUGAUGGCGGACUACAGGAGGAUGGGCGUUCCCAACAACCUGUGGGUUUCCACGCCCGCCAACAGUGAAUUCAGGGUGUGCGACACCUACCCCUCCCAGCUCUUCAUCCCAAAGUCGGCCACGCCCACCGUCAUUGUGGGCAGCGCCAGGUUCCGAAGCCGAGGGCGAUUUCCUGUUCUGUCCUACUUCCACCAGGACACUCUGGCUGCCGUGUGUCGCUGCAGUCAGCCGCUGUCGGGCUUCAGCGGCCGCAGUCAGGAGGACGAGAUGAUGCUGCAGGCCGUGAUGAAGGCCAACCCCGGCAGCGACUUCAUCUACGUCGUGGACACCAGGCCAAAGCUGAACGCCAUGGCGAACCGAGCGGCGGGAAAAGGCUACGAGAACGAGGACCACUACACCAACAUCCGUCUGACCUUCAUCGGCAUCGAGAACAUCCACGUGAUGAGGAGCAGCCAGCAGAAGCUGAUCGACGUGGGCGACAUGCGCUCCCCGUCCAUGAGCGACUUCCUGUGGGGGCUGGAGAACUCGGGAUGGCUGAAACACAUCAAAGCCAUCCUGGACGCCGGAGUCUUCAUCGCCAGGGCGGUGGCAGACGAAGGCGUCAGCGUUCUGGUCCACUGCUCUGACGGUUGGGACCGGACAGCACAGGCCUGCUCUGUGGCCAGCAUCCUGCUGGACCCGUUCUACAGAACCAUCAAAGGACUCAUGCUGCUGAUUGAGAGGGACUGGGUUUCCUUUGGUCACAAGUUCUCCCACAGGUACGCCCACCUGGAUGGGGACCCCAAGGAGGUGUCCCCCGUCAUGGACCAGUUCCUGGAGUGUGUGUGGCAGCUGUCCGAGCAGUUCCCGUGUGCCUUCCAGUUCAACGAGCGCUUCCUCAUCGCCGUGCGCGCGCACGUGUACUCCUGUCAGUUCGGCAGCUUCCUGGGGAACUGUGAGAAGGAGCGCAGAGACAUGAGGCUCCGUGAGCGCGCUCACUCCGUCUGGCCUCAGCUGUGGAAGGACCGAGCCCAGUUCACCAACCCGCUGUACCAGGCCGAGCUGAGCCAGAGCCAGGGCGUCCUGAGGCCCAACACCACGCCCUACUGCUUCAAAAUGUGGAAGGGGCUCUACAACCACGCCCAGAGGCCAGAGAGGCCGCCGCCCCCUCGCCAAUCCCCCGCUGUCAGGGGCGAGAGCCAGCAGCUGGGGCAGGAGCUGACAAAUCACAAGGAGGGGCCAGCAGGAGGACCCGCCCACCACCACUCCGGCCCCAGACAAGAGGAUCUCCACACUGACGGGGCAGCCAAUCACGAGGCGCAAAGUCCAGAGGCGAAGGACUGACCGGCUGCAGCUCAGACGCCGCGGGCCGGAGCCCCCCCCCCCAAUGUACUCUGACCCAAUCACCAACCAGCGCUCUAUUAAACCUCGCCCGUGUCCUAAAACAUGGACCCAGAGGACAGACAGCCAGAAAUGAGCGAGGACCCCCAGCAGGGGGGGGGCUGUCCGUGCUGCUGCCUGACUGGAAAACGGGAAGCUGACUGAAUGAGGGGGAAGCUCCGCCCCCUGCUGGGCAGACUCAACACUGUGCCCUCUACUUAUUAAAACUUUUAUACGUUUUUAACCAGCACCUGUUCCCUGUGGCCCCGCCCACAGCUGCUGCAGCAGCUGUGGGCGGGGCCACAGCUGCUGCAGCAGCGGGGUCUUCCUCCACCAACGGUGUUCCCGAGCCGUUCCACCUGAACGGAGAACGUUUGGAGCGUUACCGUGGGAGACGUGGUGUUUGUUGGCAGCGUUAACAAAUCUUCACGUCUGCAUUUUUUUCUGUUCUCCACUCUGAGUCCGUAGCGUUUGUUGACGCCCCCUGGUGUUCGCUGUGAGGAAGUGCAGCUCGCCAUGUUUUCCAAAGGCGUUUCAGGAAGGUUCCCUCAACUUAGGAGUUCCUGCUGGAACAAACGGACCUGUGAUUCUAGAACAUGACCCUCUGUAGACCCGGCGUUCUCCAGCGAGGCUGUCCCACGAGCGAGGACGUCCCACGAGCGAGGAUGUCCUCCACGUUGGGUUUGUUGCCACAGUAGAUCAUUCUGCCAUCAAAGCAAAAACGACGUAAAAACGUCUCGUGGAGCUGAAGCUCGGUUCUGAACAGGAACACGUUGGUUGUGUUUGAUCUGCUGGUUGAUGUGACUCGGGAUCCAAACGUCACAGAACCGGCUCUGAGCCGGGCCUCUGAGGGCCCGACGAUGGAACCUCAUCUGUAAAGGAAAGACUUUGACUCAGGUGGGUUUGAGUUCAAGCUGGUGUUUGAAGAUGGUGCGUUUGGGGUCUGCGUGGGUUUCAGAGUUUCAGAUGAAGAACCUUCAUCUCGUCUUCCUCACAGCCUUGAUUUCUGUUUGGUGUUUGAUGUACAUGACUGACGAGAAGGAAGAAUAAAUGUUGAAGCUGCAGCGAAGUGAAUUCUGGGAAUCCAGCAGAUUGUCCAAUCAUCUCUUCUGGAGCUCCUGAACGUCUCUUCCUGCUCUGGUUGUGGGUUCGAGUCCAGUCAGCAGCACACACUCCACUCCAGUUGCUGGAGCCUAUCCCAGCUGCUGUCAGGUGAAUGUGGGGUUUAUCCACCACAGACAUACACUCACACCUGAAUGGAGUUCUGAAAGAACCCGAGGAACCAGGAGAACCUGCGUCCUGGAGAGAUCAUGUCUUCCACCAAGAGGAUCCGUGUUUUAAAAAACGUUUUAAAUCGAUGUACAAAUGUGGGGAGUUUAAAUAAACUCAGAUGUUUCCUGG